AUAAACUGAACAUAGCAACAACAAAGCUAGCUACACUAAUCAGUCAACAUGCCUCCACGCGUACCGUCGACUUCGUGAACUGGUGAAUAAGCUCCAUGCAUCCCCAUAGAUUGUAAUUAUGAAAACUUCUCAAUGGUAAAUUAACUAUCAAACAGAGAUGGCUACAGGAGAAAGGUGCUGUGGAAUAAAGGUCCAUUCUCCACAAUUACACGAAGCACUAGUGGCUGAUGUCAGACCGACAGAACGAAUAAAAUCAUCGCCUGGCAGACGAGACACAAGAAGGAAAUUGCCGGAGACCAAGCGACCAUGGUCAACACCAGUCAGUCGGUCAAGCACCACACUAUCAGCUAACAGCAGCCGGUCAUCACUAGACCAGAGUACCAAGAUACAGAACUGGCUUUGUCAGAAAUCCAUACGUGGUGUCCAGGAACGUGCAGAUCCAGAAUCGAAAGAAACCAAAAAAUUGUACAUGGCAAUUUUAGAUAGAGAAAACACAUUUGUCAAGGAUGUUGAUAAUUUUUUGACUGAGAAGUCUUUCUUGGAUCUGCGCAAGAAAGAGAUGUUGUACAAGAAGUGGAAUGAACGCAUCUUUGCACCACUGGAGGAGCAGAUCUACCAAGAGAUGAAGGGAAACUACGCAGCAGUAGACAAGAGAAAGAGGGCGCUCUUCCUUGAGUAUUUACAACACAGGAAUAAAAAGGGUUUUGUUUCCUUAGAUGUCUAUGACCCAAAAGAGUAUGACCCUCUUAAGUUGGUGGUACCCCGACCAGCUCCAAUUGUAGCCAAGACGGAUACCCUUAACGACCCCCUUAUAGCCCAGCAACGCAAUAGAAAUGAAGAAGAUAGAACUAUCAUCAGAUGUAGAACAGGGAGAACCCUCUCCGAUUCAGCAGUUGAGGUCCAACACUUGCCACCGUUACCCCUAGUGCCCCUAGGAAGGCACGGAACUGAUUGUCGUACAUGGCUUGCCAUGCCGCUGCAUGACAUUGAGAGCCCAGUCAGAUUGGGCAGCAGGCGGCGCAUGAAAGGUGUUUUCAACGACUGCCAUUUUGACUUUGAGGAGUGGUCCAAAUUGCCUUUUGACCCGGUGAUCGUUGAUGAAGAGAUGAAAUGCCAGAAAAAGAGAAUGUACACCAGCCAACAGCCUACCAUGGUUUCCACCUAGGCAGGUCCAUCUAUUGGUGAAAGGUUGGAUUUACAAAUGACCUCGUAACAUGCAUAUCAAUCAGGAGCAAGUUUGGUGCCUGUUGUCUAAAAGUUGCUGAUGAGCAUGUCACAUCUCUUUGUCUCUGUCUGAUUGUGUAGUUGAGCGGCCAAAUUUGCUCCUGUUUUCAGUCACAUCAAAAAUCAGGAGCCAUUGGGCAAAAAGUUGUUUUCAGCAUUCCAUGAAUAACUUUUGUAAUAGGAUUCUUGCUCUUUCCAUUUCAUUUCAGACACACAGUUUAACCCCUUUACUGCUGAAAAUAAAUGCCACUCUGUGCUCUAUACUGCUUAGCACAGUUUCCUCAUGCUAAGUACAAAUGUAAGCUUAGCAGCACCAUGUGAUUUCUGGUAAGCAGUGAAGAGGUCAAUAGCACUGGUGGUUAUGUAUUUUAUUUCCUGUGUAAGCUGGGUUACAUUUCAAGAAUAAUUGAUGUUGUUUAUAUGUAUUAAACGUUUGUUGUGUAUUGCUGCUGAAAUCCAUUGAGACUGCUGAACCAGUGCUGAAUGAUCGGAGGGUACCUUCAAUCCAGAAAGUAUCGUUAACUCCAUGCCUGCACAACAGGAUUCAUUCGGUUCCCUCCUUGUCUACAUUUUUAAGCUGUUUUUGAGCAAAACCUUGAAUUGGUUUUGCCUACUUAGCAUUUCUUAUUGAGACAUGCCUUAUGUGGUUGCUUCUUUUAUGGACUCUAGUCAAGAAAGAGUUUCAACUCUUAAUCUUGUCUGUUCCAGUUGUCUCAUGGGAGCCUGUGUCAUUUUUUGUUUGUCGUUGGCUGAAUCAACCUUUUUCUAGUUUUCAUGCAGUGGCUGUAUUUUUACAUAAAACUGUACUUGUAUCUUCCAUGACUUGUCUGUGUCAAUCAAACAAAUAAGACUUGAGGCCUUCUACAUUAGUAAUAAUAUUUGGUAUGCAAAUGAAUUUUUCAAACACAUUAUGCAUUGGAAUUUCAUAUGUAAAUGUAGAAUUUUGAUAAAUAAUUUUUAUGCACUGCAGUAUUGAUAUGGCCAGGUGAUGUUUUGGUUACAGCCAAAUAUUUCUUUCGUUUGAUAAUGGUGAGUGGUGAAAGGAGUGAGUGGAAGCUUUGGAGUGUGGUUCUGCGUUGAAAAAAAAAUUGAAAACUGAAAACAUUUUUUUCUGAGUAGACAUUCAUGUAGCCUUCCCCGCUUAGCUUUCUCUAUGUCUACAAAGGGAAAAUCCAACGCACAGACUUAAUCUAAAUCGACAAUUUUAUUGAUAUACACGUUAUAAAAACUGUUAGGUACCGUCAGCACGUGCAGAGACUAAGCUGGCUUGCCUUAAACACUGAGGGCGCUACGGCCUGCAAUCUGAUGGGACGCCAUCGAAGCAUGGCUUCCGAUUUCCCACUACACAGCUCUCCAUAUACACUGUGCAUGUAUAUGGAAGAAAUUGCUUUAUUGAGAUGCAGCUUGGCUAGCAAGCCUCUAGAACAAAGUCUCGUUUUCAUGAGCAGAACUACACAACGUAAGCUUCUUUAGCAACAUUACGCAAGUUCGAUCAAGGACCGUAGUUACAUACAUGGUUCGACUAACUGCGAUCGAACGUACAUUUGGAUUUUGUCUGGAUUAGUCAACUGUUAUUUUGUGCUGCCUACCGAGGUUGGUCACGUCGUUGGUUGCCAUGAACCGUUUGUAAUAGCACAGUGCAGAGAGGACCAGUUAUAAGAAAAUUGCUGGAAAACAGUGUGUCACCAGUAAACCACCAAGUUCACUUAUCUUUGCUAUUUUGCCCUUCCUGCGGCUACCUGUUCGCCCCUUCGGCCUUAUGACUUGACAACGGUUGAUUGUAAGGUCCUUCGCACAUCAACAUCACUGCACUUGCGCUAGGUACGUCACGAAUCAACCACUCGGUAACUAGUGGUCCUUGAUCGAAUUUACCCGUUAAAAAUAUUCUAAUCUGAACACAGUGAACUACAAUCUUCUAUGCACAAUUGUACAAAUUCUGCCGUAUUGGUACUUAUCAUCCGCUCCAUAAAUGCCACCGGUAUUUAAGCAUUGCACAAUAUUUCCUAUGCACCAAGUUUUUUUUAAUAACACUGAACAAAUCUGCAACGUGACUCAGGUCUUUGGCACUUUUUGACUUUAAGUUGAUGAUGAUAUUGGAACAAGCGAGGUGGAGGGUUGCUGGGUUAAAUUUGUAGAACCAGUGAAGAGGAAGGAUUUUACGUGACUAUCGUCUUACUUUUUUGAAUCACAGGUUAAGCGAGUUUUUACAAACAAUGGGUUCUGUAGAAUUUUUUUAAAGACAAUGGAAUAUGGAAUAAAACGAUAUAUAUGUCCAGGAAAGAUUA